AUGGAUCAAAAGUCCUCCCUUAUAAACGACUCUCAGUAUGGAAACAUCUCUGCUGAUGUAGAAACUACGGGCUUUACAUUAUCAGAUGGCGAAUACGAUGAAAUGGACGAUGGUUAUUUCUACCCCGCUGUGGAUGUUCCUGCAAUCAUUCUGGCCGUGUUAAUUGUGAUUGUCAACGGUUUGGUUUUGCUGUUGAUGGCAAAGAAAAUAUAUCUGCGAUCGAUCACCAAUCUGCUGCUUUGUAGUCUGGCUGUAGCCGAUCUGCUUACAGGCCUGGUUGCUAUUCCUCUAUUUAUUGCUUGUAACAUCAUCCGCCAAUCCGCGAUUUGUAUCACGGAAGAGCAAUUGGCAAGGUAUUUGGCCAUAAUGCAUUCGUUGCGCUACACGUCAAUAGUCACCCUCUCAAGAUGCGUUUCCGUAAUCCUGUUUAUCUGGAUCUUGUCAGCGGCAACUGCUUUAGUUCAGCUAAGCUGGAUGGACAUAGCUCACCACGAUGUGUAUCAAAUCCCCCCUCCUGACGUCAUCAGGCGUGAAAACAUCUACGACAUCACGUGUCUUCUUGUGUUUUUCCUGGCCCCACUUUUGUGCAUGGUUUUCGUCUACGCGAAGAUCUUCGUCGAAGUGUCACGACAGAUCGACCUAGUUCAAAAGCGAAGUACUCCAGGUUGGGAAGAAGCAAAAGCGAUAAAAAACACAGAAAAGAAAGUUGUUACAAUUUUUGCGGUAAUGUUGCUGGUUUACACCGUAGGCUGGCUGCCUUAUUUCAUCCUGCGACUUCAUCAUCUGGAGCAACUACCGCCUCUUGUUAUUUACAUCUGCAUAUGGCUUCGAUUUUUGACCUCAUUUCUCAACCCAUGUCUGUACGUCUUUGGCAAAAGAGACUUCCGUGCGGCUUUGAAACGGAGAAAAACAAGAAAUUUACAUUAUGGCCAUCUGUUACCACUUGAUCGUAUUGGAGCCGAAUAG